CCCUCUCUCUCCAAUAACGCCCAAUCAGGGGGGGGGGUCUGAUGCUCGGAGAGGAUCCGCUGUUUGGCCCCUUCCCUUGUGUUGAUCCUCUAACUUCUCCAAACCUCUGCUGCUGCUGAGCUCCACGAUCAACUUCGCUGCUUUAAGAACGUCUUCCACCCCAACACAGCGGUGAGUGACUCCUUCUGUUCUCCUCAGCCUGAGAUGAGGCCCUCCCAGCAGCAGGGGCAGCGGGUAGAGGAGCUCUGACCGAAGGCCCACCAUGUCCCCCAAGCUGCCCAGCGGGCCGGGCCGCGCGGCGGAGGAUUCGGCGGUGCAGGUGGCGGUUCGCGUGCGGCCGCUGCUGCCCAAAGAGCUGCUCCACGGCCACGAGAGCUGCAUCACGGUGCAGCCCGCCCUGCGCAGCCUCACCCUGGGCCACGACCGCCACUUUGCCUGUGACUUCCUGUUCGAGGAGGCGUGCUGCCAGGAGGAGGUGUACGCCGAGGCCGUCCAGCCCCUCAUCGAGGCCUUCUUCCAGGGCUUCAACGCCACCGUGUUCGCCUAUGGCCAAACGGGCUCCGGGAAGACUCACACCGUCGGGGAGGCAAACAUCUCCUCCUUUAGGGACGAGGAGCAGGGCAUCAUCCCCAGGGCCGUGGCGGAGAUCUUCAAGCUGCUGGACGAGAACGAUCUGAUGGACUUCUCGGUCCGGGUGUCCUACCUGGAGGUGCACAAGGAGGAGUUCAAGGACCUGCUGGAGGUGGAGACAGCCAGCAGGGACAUCCACAUCAGAGAGGACAAGGGCACCAUCGUGCUGUGCGGGGUGAAGGAGUGCGAGGUGGACGGUCUGGAUGAGGUGCUCAGUCUGCUGGAGUCGGGGAACACGGCGCGCCACACGGGCGCCACGGCGAUGAACCCGCGCUCCAGCCGCUCCCACACGGUCUUCACCCUGCAGGUGGACCAGCGGCGGGGGGGGGGCCCGCGGCCCGCCAGCCUCCACAUCCUCACCUCCAAGUUCCACUUCGUGGACCUGGCGGGCUCGGAGCGUGUGCUGCGCACUGGGAACACGGGGGAACGGCUCAAGGAGAGCAUCCAGAUCAACAGCGGCCUGCUGGCCCUCGGCAACGUCAUCGGGGCCCUCGGGGACCCCAAGAGACGGGGCAGCCACAUCCCCUACCGGGACUCCAAGAUCACCAGGAUCCUGAAGGACUCGCUGGGGGGGAACUCCAAGACGCUGAUGAUCGCGUGCGUCAGCCCGUCAUCGGCCGACUUCGACGAGAGCCUGAACACGCUGAACUACGCCAUGCGGGCGCGCAACAUCCAGAACCGGCCCACCGUCAACCUCCGGGGUGAGCCUGACCGCGUGGAGGGGCUGGAGCAGCAGAUCAGGGCGCUGCGCCGGGCGCUGGAGACCCGGCAGCGCUCGGAGACACGCAUCAUCGCCCACGCCGACCCGUACCGGAGGCCCCGGCCCGGGGACGGAGAGCCCACCAGGGCACAGAGCGCCCACUACAGGACCUGCACCGACACCGCAUACAGGUUGCUGCUGGAGUUGCAGGCCGAGGGCGGCCUGAGCCCAGAGCAGGCGCAGCGGGUGAAGGAGUGGCUGGGCUCGGUGGAGGAGGAGCGCAGCGGCCUCACCAGCGCCUCGGGCCCUGACAGCGGCAUCGAGAACGGCUUCACGGAAGACGGCCUGGGGCCCCGCAGGACGGCCGCCAAACCGCCAGAGCCGGAGGAGCAGUGGGGCCAGGGGCCCGACGCGGAGGGCCAGCUUCAGGGCCGCAUCCAGCAGCUGGAGACGGAGAACACCGACUUCCUGGCGGCCCUCGAGGACGCCAUGGAGCAGUACAAGCAGCAGAGUGAUAAGCUGCAGGAGCAGCAGGACCUGAUCUCCGAGCUGCAGGUGCUGGUGUCGGGCCCCGGCCUGCUGGGCUUCAGCCAGAGGCCCCACACGGCCCCCCUGAGCGCCACGCGCCACAGCCCCUCCGGGGGCCCCCAAAGACAGGGCAGUCCGCUGGGCUCCCUCAGCAACGGCUGCUACCUUGAGGACCCCCCCGGGUUCCCCCACGGCCCCCUCCUGGAGGAGCAGGACAUCCCCGAGGAGGACGACAUCGACGAGGAGGAGGCUCAGCUCCUGAUGCGAGAGAGGAGGAGACAGACAGACCUCACCUGGUCCAAGAAGGACAUGCUCUGUGGAGGACCGCUCUCGGGGGUCAAAGGUCAGACGUCACAGCCGUCCGGGCUGGACCAUCUCCCCGCCUCCGUCCGACGCUUCUCCCACUCCAGCGUGGGCGGCUCCUCGGUGAGGGACAGUCUGAGGAGCCUGGAGGGCCAGGGCCUGGUGCAGGCCCAGCAGAAGAUCAGGGAGCUGUCCGUCACCAUCCGCAUGAAGGAGGAGCUCAUCAAGGAGCUGGUGAAGACCGGCCAGGGCGCCCAGGCACUGAACCGGCAGUACAGCUGUAAGAUCUCGUCCCUGGAGCGGGAGGCGGGGGGUGCGCGGCAGGAGGUGCUGGAGGCGCAGCGGCAGCUGCAGGACGUGGAGCGGCAGGAGAGGGAGACGCGCACCCCCGACCGCAGUCGCGCCCUGGAGUGCCGCCGCAAGGUUGCCGCCGCGCAGAGCAAGGUCCAGGUGCUGAGCCAGCGGCAGCGGGACACGGCACGGCUGGCCUCGCUGCCGGCGCAGAGCGAGCGCCGCGUGUCGGAGCUGGAGCGCAGCGUGCGCAGCAUGCGGCAGCAGCAGGAGACGCUGCAGCGCCGGCUCCGGCUUGAGAGCCAGCAGAAGAGACGGCUGGAGACCGAGAUGCAGCGCAGGACGCACCGCGUCAAGGAGCUGGAGAUGAAGAACGAGCAGCAGCAGAAGAUCCUCCGCAUCAAGACGGAGGAGAUCGCCGCCUUCCAGCGGCAGAGACGCAGUGGCAGCAACGGCUCCGUCAUCUCCCUGGAGGAGCAGCAGAAGAUCGAGGAGCAGAAGCGGUGGCUGGACGAGGAGAUGGAGCGCGUGCUGGAGCAGAGGAGAGGGCUGGAGGACCUGGAGGGGGAGCUCACCAAGAGGGAGCAGAUCCUGGCCAAGAAGGAGGCUCUGCUGCAGGAGAGGAGCGGCCUGGAGACCAAGAGGCUGCGCUCCAGCCAGGCCCUCAGUAAGGACCUGGUGACGCUGUCGGGACGCAUUGAGUCCCUGGAGCGGGAGCUGAGCCAGCGGGAUGGGCUACUGCGGAGCAGCAGCGCUCAGGACUCCCAACAGAUCCGCACCGAGAUCUCCACCCUGCGCGGGGAAAAGGACACGCUGCUGAAGCAGAGGGUGGAGCUGGACGACAAGCUGAGGCAGGGUAGCCUGCUGUCUCCAGAGGAGGAGCGCACGCUGUUCCAGCUGGACGAGGCGAUCGAGGCUCUGGACGCAGCCAUCGAGUACAAGAAUGAGGCCAUCAGCCAGAGGCAGAGGCAGCUGCGGGCCUCGGCCAGCAUGCUGUCCCAGUGGGAGAUGAACCUCAUGGCCAAGCUCAGCUACCUGUCGGCCUCGGAGACCCGCGCACUGCUCUGCAAGUACUUCGACAAGGUGGUGUCGCUGCGGGAGGAGGAGCGGAAGCUGCAGCUAGCGCUGGCGGACCUGGAGAUGCAUCUGGAGGAGCAGCAGCGGCUUGUGGCGUGGCUGGAGAACGCGCUGGACCGCUCGGCGCUAGACACGGACCGGCGCCUCACCCAGCAGCAGAAGGAGCACGAGCGCAGCGUGCAGCUGCUGCUGCAGCAGUGCCGAGAGCAAAUGGACGAGGGUCUGGCGGGGCGGCAGCGGCAGUAUGAGGGCUGGAUCCACAGCCUCAACACGGAGCUAAACCACUUCAAGGCCUCCAACCUGGAGCUCAGCGGGCGGCUCAGGGAGCUGGCGGCCCCCAGUGGCCAGCCAAGGGACUACACCAGAGGGAGCAGCGGCGGCGGCGGCGAGACACCGUCUCCCCGCGGACCGGAGGACGGGUCGCUCCGGGUGCGGGCCCGGGAGGAGAUGAGGGAGCUGGUGAACGCCCCGCUGCCCUCCUCCUGGCGGCGCUCCUCCCUCCCCUCCGAGGAGCCCCCUCCCGUCAUUGAGGAGCUGCGGCGGCGGUCUCCCGCGGAGGCCCCCGCGCCGCGCCCCGGGCCCUGGGCCGGGACCCCAUCCCUGGGGACCCCCUCCCUGCCCCUGGUGAAGCCCCGCCGGGAGUCCCGCCGGAGCAGCCUCAACACGGGCCCCCUGAUGGCCCCCAGCCCCCUGAUCGACGUGCGGAGGAACCCCAUCUAGGCGCCUUCUAUCUUUCUAUGUAUUUUUUUAAUGACUGGUUGGAGGCGGUUCAGUGUGUGAGUUCUCCCUCCAGGCGAUCGACUCCCAGCUCAGCUAGAGGUCACUCUCCUCAGCACUACCAUGCCCUCUGAUCUGAGCUGCUGCUGCCUAUGCUCCUCUCUGUUCUCUAUCGCUCACCACCUGGGUCUUCAUGGUUCACCUUUGUGUGGCUCCGGAGGUGAACCGCACACCAGAAGGUUGCUAGUUCGACUCCCGGCUCCUCCUAGACGAGUGUCGAGGUGUCCCUGAGCAAGACGCCUCACCCUGACUGCUCCCGUCGAGCUGGCUUUCGCACUGCAUGGUGGACACGCCGUUGUUGUAUGAAUGAAUGUUUGGGAUGUGUUUAUGAGUGGGUGAGUGUUGGUGAAUGAGUUAGGAUGUGCUGUCUGUAUAAAUCAGUCCAUUUACCAGUGAAUCAAACCCUCCUCUUGGAUCAUGUAUAGCCUGUUCAACUCUUUUAUAGUGUAUAAUAAACCAGUAUUUUUCUUUU